GGCACUUCUUCAGUCGCCGCCGUGUUGGAUAAUUCGAGCCGGAGAAAAAAAGCAGCUUCGCCGGAUCCAACGCAAUGGCGCCCCGCGACAAGUCAAAGGCCGGGAAAAAGGCCAAAGCCUCCAAUAAUACCCCUGCUUUUGACGAAAAGGCGUUAUUGCAACUCACCAACAAGCUUGACCAGUCGCUAUCCAAAACCGCCGACGACCAGUCAAGACCAGGAAAGCGCAAGCGCCAAGAUGAUCACGAAAAGAGGGCAAAGCCAAAGAAGCGAUCUUCCGACGCCCACGAAAAUGGUGACAAGGACAAGAACGCGAUGCUAUUAGAGGACAUCAAGGCCUUGGGUGGGGACGAGAAGGAUUUGGAGCUUGUCGUUGGCAUAGACUCGGAUGCGGAGGAUGGUGCUGGGAAGUCUACCGAACGCCCUCUUGACGAUGCGUUCAAGAGCGAACUGGCCAAGUUUGCGUCGGCGCUAGGCUUUGAUCAGGCGCGGGCUGAACUGGACGACGAGAGCUCGGCCAACGAAGAGGAGGAGGCUUCGGAAGAAUCGGAGAAAGAGCCCGAGGAAGAGGACGCCCAGGAUGAGGAGGAUGCUGAAGAUGAAGAGCCUGACCAGCCCAAACCCCGGGAGGCUGUUGAGAAGGACCCGGCAUCUGUACCACAUGCGAAGGACCCUUUUGGCAGCACUAUCGAAAAGCCGGAAAAGUUGAAAAAUCGCCAAUGGGCAGGGAAGCUGGCGAUCGAGCCACGACCUGACUGGCACGCCGCACCCUUGGACAGCCUUCCAGACCCUGAGUCUGACGAUGUCUCGAGGUUCACCCCGGCAAUCGGUAGUCUCAAAGCCCAUGCCCAGUCUCUUGUCGAAGCAGAUGCGGCUGUGUACAACACAAUAAUAUCUUCGUCGUCUCAGCAUAAAUUCAUGACCACCAUCAUGUCAUCCGGUACCCUGUCCGAUAAGAUAUCCGCCCUUACUCUUGCAGUCCAAGAGUCGCCUGUGCAUAACAUCAAGGCGAUCGAUACAUUGAUAAACAUGGCCGGAAAGAAGAGUCGUGGUCAGGCUCUGGCUGCUCUCGGCGCGCUUGUCGAUUUGCUCGGUAACGGCGUGGUCCUUCCCGGUGACAGGCGCUUGCGCCCGUUCCACGCACAACCAGGACUCCUAGGGACCCUUCAGCAAAAGUCGGUAUAUUCUUGGAGAGAUGGACAAAGUCCACUACCUGGCAAGAUUAGCAAAGUGCACUUGAUGUUGUGGUACUUUGAGGACUGGCUUAAGUCGGCCUACUUUCGAGUGCUUCAGUUGUUGGAAGUUUGGGCUGGAGACGAAAUCGAUUAUUCGCGAUCACGGACACUCGAUUUCGUCUUUGGACUCUUGCGAGACAAGCCCGAGCAGGAGGCGAACUUGAUGAGGCUCUUGGUCAGCAAGCUUGGGGAUCGCGAAGGUAAAAUCGCGUCACGUGCAUCCUACUUGCUCCUGCAACUUGUCAACACGCACCCGGGCAUGAAGCCCAUAGUGAUUCAGACGAUUGAGCAGGAAGUGCUCCUGAGGCCGGGCCAGAGUCUCAAGUCAAAGUAUCACGCCAUAAACACCCUAAACCAGACCAUACUCAGCAACAAAGAACCCGAACUAGCAGACAACUUGGUGCGCAUCUAUUUCGAUGUAUUCUUGUCUCUUUUGAAGACUGGAAGCUUGGGAAUAUUCGAUCAUCUUGGCAAUACCGAGGAGGACACCAAGGCAGCUGGUCAGAAGAAAGGACGCGGAAAGAAACCGAAACAACCCGCAGAUCCGGUAACAGCAAAUGAGCAAGAUGUUGCUCAAAAGCUGGUCUCUGCCGUCCUCACAGGUGUCAACAGGGCGAUACCGUUUGCAAUGACCAAUGAAUCAACCCUGGAAACACAUCUCGAUACACUCUUUCGAAUUACGCACUCGUCAAACUUCAACACCAGUGUCCAAGCUUUGAUACUGAUACAGCAAAUAGCAGCUUCCAAGCAGCUCGCGGUUGAUCGGUUUUACCGGACCUUGUACGAGUCGCUACUGGAUCCUCGUCUUGUCACUUCCUCCAAGCAAACGCUUUACCUCAACCUGCUCUACAAGUCGCUCAAGAACGACGUGGAUGUACGCAGGGUCAAGGCGUUUGUCAAGAGGAUGCUUCAGAUUGUGAAUUUACACCAGCCAUCUUUCAUCUGCGGCAUACUUUAUCUGAUCGCAGAGCUGGAGGGUGUCUUCCCUGACCUCAAGGCACUGCUCAAUGACCCAGAGGACAACGAAGAUGACGGCGAGGAGGUUUAUAGAGAUGCCGAUGCUGUUGAGAGUGAAAAUAAGACAACAGAAUCUAAUGGUGGCGAGAAAAAGAAGACGGCGUAUGAUGGAAGGAAACGACACCCAGAAUUCAGCAACGCACACCGGAGCUGUUUAUGGGAAAUCGUACCUUUCUUUGAGCAUUUCCACCCUUCGGUGGUCGUCUUCGCCAACAACCUUUUGGUCAGGCAAAAAUCACUACCGAAGCCAGAACUGUCAAAUCACACUCUUAUCCAAUUCUUGGACAAGUUCGUUUACCGCAACGCCAAGACUACAGAGGUCACCAGAGGUGGCUCGAUCAUGCAGCCUGUCGUUGCCUCAGGGACUGCAGCAAAUGCUGCCUCAAGCGGCAAGACGCAACGUCCGACUAUCAACUCGGAGACUUUCUGGAAUCUCAAGUCCAAGGAUGUUGCCGCGGAGGACGUCUUCUUCCACGAGUACUUCUCGCAGGUUGGCAAGCCUGGGCAGAUUUCAAGAGCGGCCAAGCGCGAACAGAAGAGGGCCGAGGAGGGCGCACAAGACGACGAAGAGGAAGAGGGCGAAGACGAGAUCUGGCAGGCACUGGUGGAUUCUCGACCAGAGAUCCAAGGUGACGAUGACGGUGAUGCAGACAUGGGCUUCAGUGACGGUGAUGAUGAUGACCUGGGCUCACUCUUAGAGGACAUGAGCGACAGUGAUGAGGACGAAGACAUGUUAGGAGCAGAAGACGUCGAUGUGGAGGGUGAUGGUGAUGAAGGGGUUGUCUUUAACGACUUUAGCGACUCGGAGGGCGAGGCUGCUGGAGGCGCGCCUCUUGAUGAAGCCGCCGAGGCCAAGCGUCUCCGCAACAAGGCAAGCAGAGAGAAGAAGAAGCAGAUGAAGGCUCUUCCCACAUUUGCAUCCGCCGACGAUUACGCACACAUGCUCGCUCAAGAGGAGGACGAAGAUUACAAUUGAUUGGCCUUAUGUGGCGGUGCAUAAAAUACAAACAAAUCAAUCCAAUAAGUUGC